AUGUCAGAGAGCGUAGAAUUUCAAAUCGAAGAUCAGGAAUUCCAAUUGAAACCUGACCAUGAACUUAGGUUUGAAGUUGAAAACAAGAAUGAAACAGUUGUGUUAGAAUUGAAAACUGGGCUGGCAGAAAUUUUUGGGACAGAAUUAGUAAAAAGUAAACCAUAUAAGUUUUAUUUGGAGCAAAAAUUGUGGUGUUUACAUGGCAAGGGUGUUCAUUAA